AAAACUUGCGUCGAGAAGUAAUGGCCAAAAAGGUUUUGUACGCAGCAGGGCUGUUGAUCACGAGCCUGCUGUUGUACUGUACAGCUGCUCAGCAAUAGAAGGCUACGGGGCGGCCGGGGCCGGAAGUUUCCAAAUUUGGUAUGAUGCUACAGCGUCACGUCUUCAAGAGGAUCACGGGAGAUGCUUUGUCAGAUGUGUGCCUGCGAGAAUGCUAUGUUGACGUUAGAUGUCAAAGUUUUAACUACGUCUUUACGCAAGACAUAUGUGAGCUGAGCGACCGCACCAAAGAGGCCAGACCAGAGGAUUAUGUUCCGAACCCCGAGAGAUUUUACUUUAAGGGAGAUUACGAAAGAGUCCCUCUCGGUUCCAUUCCUGAGCUGCCUGCAGAGACUUGCCAGGAAAUCAAAAUGAGCGAAGGAGGACAAGCGGUCAGCGGCAAAUACUGGUUUUACUCGAUUAUACCCGACGAGACUGUUCUGGCUCCUUGUGACAUGAAAACCGAAGGCAUUAGAUAUCUACCACAAAAUAUCAGAUUUUGCUCUCCGGGAGAAUUGCAUUGGCGAGUCAAAAUCACCAUGAGUAGAUUUCAAGGCUGCAGCCUUUUCUAUUUCUAUCUGGCGGAAGUACAAUUCACCAUAAUCAACUCCUGA